GCGUUUUUGACGUCUCACAUUUCAACUCAAAAGUUCGUAUAUGUCGGUCCAUAGGGUCGCAUUUCUGUCCGACCCGCUCCCCCUUCUCCCAGUCAUAUUUCGAAUCACACGCAUGCUCAUGCAGAGUGGGCGGUACCAGACUUUCGGGACCAGAUAACGUGUUUGUUGCUCGUACGUUGCGAGCAGAAGAGGCAGGUGAUGAUACGGCUCAUCAGCGUUGAGACAACCAUCCAUAACAGGUGUAGUGCCGUACAUAUCCGUCCGUCUGCAAUGGAUGGCGGCCCCCCCGCUGUGACAUGGCUCUCGCUAGGGUGUACCUUGCCAAUGCCCGGCUUGACAUUCAUUGCUCAAGCCCUGGCAGAAAGAUGUUUUCGAUUUGUUGCUAGGCUGAAUUUUAGCGUUGCCUUCCGUAGCCAGCACAGGCACAAGGCGACGCCCCCAAACCCCUCCCUCCUCUUUUCUUGGCAACCCAUCUCAUCUUGUCAUCUAUCGGGCGAUCAUCGUUAAUAAGGAACAAAACACACACCCUCGUCAGAAGCCAAUCUCGUGGGGUUCCGGAUGUUCCAUCCACCCAUCUUUUGUCCUGAUUGCGCAUGUCUACGGCCCGACGCUUCGACUUGUUUGCAUCACGGUCAAUUGCAGAGCAUGUCAUUCAGCGUCAACACACUCACCCAUGGCGCAGACCUGCGGCAUGCGCUGCGCAGUAACAAGAACAAGGGAUGUCCAAUUCCCCUCCAUACUGCUAUGGCACUUAUGUUCUGCUCGGCCGGGGUACGUACACUCCCAUACAUCAUCUUGUAACCGCAAUACUUGGAUACGCCCGCAACAAGCAGACCCGAUAUCUUCUUUUGGGUGUCAAUAGGAUUCUUUGCACCUCUGCCAAGUGAGCAGCUGAUUGUGGCUACCUAUUGUUCUUCACAUGGACCAAGUCCUAGCUCACAACUGUCAUGUCUCCAGCGUGCUCUAUUUGGUUUGCCAGCAUUGUUCUGUGCUCCCAAAACGACCAAAUCUACUAAGGCUAGCCGUCGGCUUUGCCGUUACGUGAAUAGCUAGAGCUUAUUUGCCUUAACUUUGUGUUAAAGGCGCCAAAACGUGUGCAGCUAUCGGCCGCCUCUGCACUAGGACAAACACUCGCCACAAAGUUCUAUUAUGGCUUUUAGCCUGUAUUUUCCUCAUACCACAGCCUACUGCUGUAUCAGCCCCCUUCUUGAUGCUGCGAGAGCCGAACACUUGGCCUACUCGGAGGAAAGCAAGACAGUCUCGAAUCAACUACCUUGUCCAACUUGAAGGGAACUUGUACCAGUCACUUCAUUGAUAUGCGUCACCGAUAGCUGCUUGCUCGCUGUAGCACGGGCUCCAUGUUGGCCUGGAACGUUAGCCUACUGGCAUGUCUCUCUCUACCAGUCACUGGCGAUGGGGACGCAGAAUCCCGGGCCGUUUGAUCAUUUCAACCAUCUUUCUUCUUACGUCUCUAUGCAUAUAGCAUGGAGUUACAGUGACGGUAUCGUUUUCCAGGGCCUGAAAUUCAAGAAGCACCAAAAGUACUCGGCAAAGACUCUUGAAAAUUACAAUGCAAUUCUUAACACCAAAUGGCCUCAACAACGUGAUCUAUUGUCUCUCUAUCAAGUCUAGGCCUCUAUAGAUAUAGGGUUCAUAAGGAACUGAGUCUAUCCACAUAUGUGACAAGUCUCCAGUUUCUUCUGACCAGGGGUUGAUUCAAGCCCUCGUUGGGAGCAGGAUCUUCCUCUUUAAUUUCAGGCUCUAAUAAGAGGGAAUUAUGGUACUGCAAUAAGCCAACUCAUGGAUUCAUGGGGCCUGUGCUCUGAAAGUGUGGUCAUGGUUGGCAUUUUCUCCAUCUCAAGAUGGUGUUUUUGAAAGGAAAUUGAAGGACGAGACGCCACUUUCGGAAUUGGCUGCGCACAGGCAGAAGAUGCAGCAGUUGCAAGCAACUAUGGUCAAGAGGAUAGAUCUUUCAGAGCGGUUUAGCGCGUGACUCCCGGCACUUGAAAACGCCGUCUAACGGCUUGCCGAGUCUUACAUUCUUUAGUGAAGCAAACUGCGUCUAACUGGGAUGGGCUGGGCUCAGAAUUGCUCUUUUACAGGCUGGAAGGCUUAUCCCAGCGCAGAUCGAUGGCGAGUUUCAUGAGCGGGCACAGGACGCAAGUCCUGGCUGGGGCUGGGAGGGGGCGUGUUGUUGGUUGUUGGUUGUGCCUCUGUUGGUUGUGUUUUCUCAGAGUCAGAGUCAGAAGAGAAUGACCGCCAGGGAUCAAAUUCGACGUGGUUCUUCCUCCCAGGGUCCGCUACAGCCCUAAAGAUGGUUCCGAUCUCCAGAUGCCCUUGUUUCUCGUCUAUGAACGCUCACUGUGCCGACUUGUCUCAUCGGCCGCUACCCUCAGCAUCCCUGCAAUGGAAUAUCGAUAGAGAAUCCAAGAUUGGAAAAGAAUAUCCGGAGCCGGCAUUGUUCAGUUUCUAGAAAGUUGGCUCAAGCAUUACCCGCAUUGCUUUACAUAGCCUACUGAGAGUGCCUUGCCGAACUGAAUUCAAAACAAACAAUAACGGCAUCAUUAUGAGUAAAUUUCCAGCCAACUCUUGUCGUCUGGGGGCGCUUAAUCCAGAUAUUUGGUUUGUCUUCUGCCGCGCACCAAGGCCCCCCGGCCGUUUCCGUUUCAUGCGGCCAUGGGUCUGCAGAACAGGCCAAACAGGGCAUUGCCGGCCUGAAAAUGCGGCCAUAUACUUUACUUGACGACAUAGGUCAUAUCAUCUCCGCUGCGAGGCGUUAUUCUGACUCUAUAGUCGAUGAAUGAAUUGCCUGAUUGCCGAGACUUUCUAAGCUCUGCGGAGAGACUCGAUGUACUGCUUUGACAAGGCGUUUUCGGGACAAUGCAAUGUUUCGAAUCACGAUGGUGGACAAGGAAUGUAUUCGUCUCAGCCUCUGAGGCAUGGCCGUUACCGACUCCAAGGGUUUAUCACUCAUGGAAUUCAUCCUCAAAGCCGGUGUCUAUUCAAUCGAUAUAUUAGCUACUAUUGACUUGAUGUCAUUGAUGCCCAAAACCGUCUCUUUUGCAUCCUUGAACCCAAAUUUUACCUUUUAAACGACAAGAGCACCACUGAAAACGCCACGGCAACUUCAUUUCCGAUGGAUGAGGAAUUCGGAAAUAAAGAGAAGGCAAACGGCUGUGGCGUAGAUUGUUCUAUUGUCCCUUGCUCUCUACCGGAAGUCGAAUCAGGAUCAUCACCACGCAACCAACAGACUCGUCGACGCUGGGAAACGCCAAAUUUGACCCAAAUUCGUGGCGAGGGAUCAGGGAUUCUACCAUGGCAUUCACUGUCCUCAAUCGUAUCGCCACACUAGCUCGAUGAUGGGGCAGAUGCAACUGAUGGCUGCGAAUCAACCUCCAAGAGCCGGGGUCCUGGGUUGAUGAGCUGCAUGCAUUUCCGGCGAUUGCCUCUCCAGGCUGACAUCGAUGAGUCGAGUCAGAUAUUGGUUCAAAGUUAAUUAAAUUGAUCUACAGGUACUGUUUGUUUGUUUGUUUGUUUGUUUGAAACAUCGUAGCAGGCAGAGGCAGAAGUGCAGCUCCAGCUCCAAUUCCCCUCCUCGUGCUUCGGCUUCUCGUCAUUGAACCCAGUCAUGGUGCCCCAUAGGGUUCUGAGAGUGAGUGAUUGAUCAGGGGGCACAUAAUGGUACGUGCCAUUGAGAGCAGAACGACAGAAUGCUCCGAUCCCUGUCUUCGCCCGCCCUGGACCUGGACCUGGACCUGGACCUGGUUGUUGCUGUCUGUCGCUUGUCAACGUCAAUGUCACCGUAACCUCAAUUAGACUCGGCUCACGGAUCAAGUCCCCGCGUCUCCGUUCCCCUGCAACCUCGCCUUCGCCAUGGUAUCCGUAUACGUUAUGAAUAUGAAAUGGCAUGGGUCAGAGACGACUUCUAACUCGCUUAGCCAAAUGCCUCGG